CACGAUCUUUACAUUGAUUGCUUGCCUUUUAAGGAUUUUCGCGAAAACUUGUUAGCUUUACGAUCAGUGGAGCCCAAGAUAUUUGAUGAAAACGAUUUUAUCCAAGAUUUGGACGUCCGCGAUGCAUUUCGAUGCUGGGGUCCGACGCCUUGGGAAGAUAGAUCGUGGGAGAUCCAGCCUUGGUUUCUCCAGAAGUGGUGGAUGAUUGUAGGUGGAGAAAAUGGAGAGAUGGCGACAUCAAGUCGAUGGUGG